AUCUAUUAGCUGGGCGUGGGAGUCUAUUUCCCUCUCCUCACUGUCUCAGAUUUCAAACUUGAGUCCAUUGCAGCUUUCAGAUUUCAGAUCUCAGUCCAUCGGACUCCUCACUAAUCCGGUUUGCUUCUGCUCAUAUAUAUCAAGGCAGCUACAGGUGGAGUUUGACACCGAUGGAAAUGCAGGAAGGAGGUCACCCAUACGUUCCUAGAGACCUAAAAUUGCCUGGGUUUGUGCCUUGUUUCCUCACACAAUUGGACAUUGUUGGUGUGUAUGGAGGUGUUUCUACACUGGUUGUUGCAUUCAUGUGGAUCUUCUCUGGGCGGUUCCCUAAAAUAUCAAAGGGCGACAGGUUGCUCAUGUGCUGGUGGAUAUUCACUGGCCUUACACACAUGAUCCUUGAGGGCUACUUUGUUUUCUCUCCUAAUUUCUACAAGGAAAAGACUCCCGUUUACCUUGCAGAAGUUUGGAAGGAGUACAGCAAGGGAGAUUCUCGGUAUGCAGCACGUGAUUCUGCUGUUAUUUCAGUUGAAGGAAUCACAGCCGUUCUAGAGGGACCAGCAUGUCUUCUUGCAGUGUAUGCUAUAGCUACAAAGAAGUCGUAUAGGUAUAUACUACAGGUGGCUAUUUCUUUGGGCCAGCUCUAUGGUACUGCUGUAUAUUUCAUUACAGCUGUCUUGGAGGGUGAUAAUUUUGCUGUAAGCCCCUUUUAUUACUUCUGGUACUAUGUCUUUGCAAAUUCCUUCUGGGUCUGGAUACCCACAAUCAUAAUCGUCCGUUGCUGGAGGAGAAUUAGUUCUGCUGUCCAGAUACAAGACCAGACAAAGACCAAGACUCGCUGAGGCCAUCUUUUCAUUUGUUGUGGUACUGAAUUUAUUUGAGUUUUGUGGGAACAAUACAGGCUGUUGGGACUCAUUUCUUUAGAGAUAGAACUGUAAUGCCCUGGUAAUAGUGAUAUAUUUAAAAGGAACUUUUGGAUUCGUUUUGGCUUCA